AUGUGUCAUCUUUCUCUUCGCAGAACUUUUAUUAUCGAUGAAAUCGGUGUGAGUGACAAUGAACAUGUUCAGUAAUGUAUCGAAUCAAAUGAACUCCUGGUUGGGCGGCGUGGGGAAUUUGAUCAAGAAGGAAAAGCCUGAUACGCCAGUACAACCGGAAACGGAAGAAAAGCCCAAGGGAAAAGACCAUGGCGAGAAUGAGACCGAGAGUCAGACGUCUGCAAUGAGCACGAAGGGUUCUGUUGACGACCGGAAUGAUGAUCACUCAAGUGCCACCGAAAGCGCGGAUCGAGAGUCCAUGACUUCAGGCCCUGAUUCGCCGAUGUCUGAAGAAGAUGACUCCAAGCUCGUGAAAGAUCCGAAUGAUUCAAAAAACAAGGCCAUCAAUGGAGCAAAAAAUUUCGGCAAUUUUCUUUUCUCUGCCGUGAACAAGGCCGGGAAGACCGUCUCCGAGGCAGGGGCAAAAUUGAAAGAGACCGUGGAAAAAAACAGCAUUUUGGCAGAUUUCAAUCGCGAACAGGAAACUUUCCUGAAGGAGAAGGGGUUAAAAGAAAACGGACUACCUCCGUGGUCUGGAUGUGCGGAUGAGGAGACGUUGAAAGAACAAAUAAUUUCUUUGUCAUCGGAUCGUCGGAAUUUCGUCCGGAGUCCGCCGAGUGGAGUGGAAUUCCAGUUCAACAUGGAAACAAUGUUGCCGGUUGCGGAAGCGAUCUUGAAGCACGACAACGAGUUGGCGAAGAUGCGCUACGAACUUGUGCCGAAAGUGGUGAAGGAAGAACCGUUCUGGCGGAAUUAUUUCUACCGGGUCAGUCUCAUUUGCCAGUCGUCGGAACUGUCUUCCAUAUCCGCUACUCGACAGGAUUCGAAAGAAUCGCCUGUUUCAUCUCCUACCUCGUCUUUCGAUGAAAAACAAGGCAAGGACGACGAUGGACCGGAGAGCCCGAUGAAUGAGUUCGCUUCGGACGAUUUUUGCCCGCCACCGACUAGUGGUCUCACGGGCGCCGAAUUGAGCACGAAGCUGCGAAUAAGUGGCGGCAAGAAUCCGAAGAAAGAAGCCGACUGGGAGAAGGAGUUGGAGGACGAAUUGCAGGGCUACGAAGUUGUGGGAACCGCCGACAGUCGCGCCAUUGUCGAAGCGAGUCGCGAAGUUGACUCCGAAAUCCAAAAGAUGUUGGAGGAUGAUCUUACUGAUCUCAAUAGUGUGUGGUACUCGCCUUGCCUCGGGGCAAGAUCGAAACUUGAGCCCUGUUACGAAGAGGUGUGUGUAGCUGAUCGGCAUCCGCCUGAUGAUGAGUUAUUGAAGUGUAAUGUCACAUUGUGUCGCACGUCUUGUCCGACAGACUCGCACUCUUUAUUCUGGAUUUUUACGGAUGAGUCGUUAGGAUGUCAGCACUUCAAUCUCGAUUUUAUGAUUGCAGAUGACACUUUAUCGGAGGACGUAGUUCGUGUGAAUUUGGUCUUUUUUUCGUGUUUGCUGGCGAUUGAAGAUGCGUUGGUGAAGUAUUUGAGUUUGUUUUUAGUUACUGAAAUCUUCGGGACAAUCAUGUCCGAUAACGACGAGAAACCACCUGCUCCCCCAAUCCGGCACACAAGCAAUCGAGAAACGAGAGACAAUCCGUUGGGCGUGAAUGUGGAAUUCCGACCUUUGCCAAAGGAACCCGAUGUGGACAAAAAGAAAAAUAAAUCGAAGAGUAAGCUGGGCUCGCGUCGUUCAGAGAACGAUAAGCCGGACAUUUCCAGUCCCACGAACUUCAAGCAUGAUAUUCAUGUUGGUUUUGACCCGAUCAGCGGGGAAUUCACGGGUCUCCCGGAUGAAUGGAGUAAGUUACUGAUGUCCUCCAAUAUCAGUAAGCAAGAGCAGAAAAAGAACCCCCAAGCAGUACUAGAUGUGCUCAAGUACUACGAUGACACGAAACGGAGCCACAUGGAAACGAAGUACAUGGUGGCGCACACGCUGUCGAACAAACACUCGUCUUCGGGGAAUUCCGGCGAGUAUCCGUCGCCAACGUCCAUCUCGUCUGCGUUCCUCAUGUUCUCACAGAGUCCCAUGUCUUCGCCAUACCAUGGUCCCAAUGCUGCGAGUAAGAAUCACACUUUCACGGAAGACACGAGACGGGGAGACGAGGACGGUUUGGAUGACUUACCGCCUCCCCCGCAGAUUGCUAGUCGACCAGAGAAAACCAAGUCCAUUUACACAAAACCAGUAGAAGAGGAUGGCGAAGUUGUGGAGCCGCCCGAACCUGAUGAUAUAAGCCCUGCGUAUCAUCCGCACGGUUCAGGGAACGGCAAUUCAACCCCAUAUGCCCUUGAUGACAAUAAAAACUCGGCGGUUGAAGCGCCGAAUCCAGUAUUGCCGCCGCCACCGCCGCCUUCAGGCACGAGUAGCAGUCCCACAAACGCCGUGUCGGGUACGAAUGCCGCUGACCGCCAAAAAAAGAAGAAAAUCAGCGACGAGGAAGUUCUUGCCAAAUUGCGAACCAUCGUUUCAGUCGGAGAUCCUAAUAGAAAGUACACCAAAUUGGAGAAGAUUGGACAAGGAGCUUCCGGUGUUGUUUAUACUGCGAUGGAGUCGGCGACUGCUCAAGAAGUUGCUAUCAAACAAAUGAAUCUGGCUGACCAGCCAAGAAAAGAACUCAUCAUCAACGAGAUCAUUGUCAUGAAACACAACAAACACCCGAAUGUUGUGAACUACCUUGACUCGUAUCUAGUGGGCGAAGAGCUCUGGGUCAUUAUGGAGUACUUGCCGGGAGGUUCUCUGACAGAUGUUGUGACGGAGACUUGCAUGGACGAGGGUCAAAUUGCGGCUGUUUGUAGAGAAGUCCUGCAAGCCUUGGAGUUUCUGCACGCGAACCACGUUAUACACCGGGACAUCAAGAGUGACAAUAUCCUGUUGGGAAUGGAUGGCAGCGUCAAGCUCACCGAUUUCGGGUUCUGCGCCCAACUGUCGAUGGAGCAAUCGAAACGCACAACAAUGGUCGGGACGCCGUACUGGAUGGCCCCCGAAGUGGUUACGAGAAAGCAGUAUGGCCCGAAAGUCGACAUUUGGUCCCUGGGCAUCAUGGCUAUUGAGAUGAUCGAAGGCGAGCCACCGUAUCUCAACGAGAACCCCCUGCGGGCCUUAUAUCUCAUCGCCACGAACGGAAAGCCCGAAAUCAAUGACAAGCAUAAAUUGUCGCCAGUUUUCCAGGACUUCCUGGACAAGUGUCUUGAGGUGCAGGUGGAGAAACGUGGCGAUGCGACUUCCUUGCUACAGCAUCCGUUCAUGAAGUGCGCUUUGCCGUUGAGUUGCUUGACGCCACUAAUCAUUGCAACCAAGGAAGCAGCCAAGCCGUCAUGAUGAAACAGGCAGCUUUCACUUUUCAUGUCUAACUUGAAGCCUCUCUUGGCAUGGGGCCUUUUUGUAUAAACGCUAUUAGUCCGAAUACCUUGCGGUGGAGCUAUACGUUUGAAGUGAAAUUAAUUCUAAGGGAAACGAACAAGGUGACCAGAGAUCUCAAUCUGCUCAGACACGUUAUCCGUAGGCUCUGAAAAUGAGCAGCUUUACAUUUUAGGGCUACUUGAUGGGACUCGUUUACUCAGUUGUAUCUUCGAUGAUCGUUUGGUUCCUGUGAUCUAGUUCAUUGGGUAAUGCGUGUGGAAGUGAUUUCUUCUCCUCAACAUUUACUGUUCGAUUGUUUUUUUUGUGCGUAUUUGAAUGCCUUGUGACCCGCAUUUCUUUCGAAAUGUGGAGAGACUGAACGUUUGGCCAGUUGUCAGGCAGCUGCCAUUUCGAUAUUUUCUCUUCACGACGAGGAAGAAUAGAGUUGCUUUUUGCCUUCUGCCAUUGUGCAA